AUGGCAGAUGGUGGAGAACUUAGUUUGAUUGAUAAAAACAUAUCGAGUUUGUUUGAAAUUCCUCUUAAUCCUAGUGUCCGAUCAUUAAACCUUCACUGCAAUGGGCUAUCAAAAAUUGAAGGCUUGUUAACAGCAUGGUAUAUACGCCACUUGGAUCUAUCAUCAAAUAAAAUAUCCUGCAUUGAAGGUCUGGAAUCUCUUACAUCCUUGCAAACCCUCAACUUAUCAUGCAAUUUAAUAUCCAAAGUUGAAGGUCUCCAUGGCCUUGUGAGCUUGAAACGUCUGAACUUAUCUUACAAUCAGAUAAGUGACUUAACUGGCUUUUUAUAUCUGCAUGGAAAUGAAUACAAGCUGAAACACCUUUACCUCCAAUGCAACCGAGUGAACAGUAUGAGCCAGCUACUCCAGUGCAUGCGGGGAUUGCAGAGUUUAAGAAGUGUCACAUUAAACUUGGAAGGCAGCAGGAAUCCAGUCUGUGAUACUCCUGGGUACCGAGAAAUAAUCCUCCAGUCAUUGCCCCAGCUGUCAGCCCUGGAUGGGAUGGACAGGCACGGCAACCGUGUUUACUCUAGCGACGAAAAUGCCCUUGAUAUCCUAGGGUUGGAGGACUUUGCGGAUUUCCUGUUAUCAGAUGUUAGUGUCAAUAAUGAAAAGGUGCUGACACGGUUCCACCAGCGGGCUGACCAUGCAAAGAUAAACCAGCCCACUAAUAUUGUUGAGGGGAAGGCUUCAUCCCCCAACUCUCCAAAAAGGCUGCUAGAUGCUGGGAAUCUGCUCCGCAUUAAAAAACUGGAGAACCAAGUUUCUCAGCUCAUCCAGCUGGCUCCCAGCAGCCCCAGCUCUACCUCCACACCCACUCUCACUUCCAUGGAAAAAGCCAAGAGAGACACAGAUCUUACAACGGAGAGCGAGCGUGACAGUGGGAAGGAGGACAAUCGCAAAGGGGCAUCCCUCAGGUCACGGAUCCCCACGCACCACAAGGGUUUGUUAACUUCUAGGAAGCAGUCCACUAGAGAUCUGAGAUCCCAGAGGUCCAACAGUAAUCUAGGAGCAGCUAUCACAAAAUCAAGGUCAUUAGCCUGUUCAGGUAAGAAGGUGGACCCUCCAAAGAAAUCCCAACAUGUGCAGACAGCACCACCCAGCAAUACAGAAGGAAAACAUGCUGCAGGGGCCAAGGAUGGCAAGAUUUCAAUGCAUACAGAGGAGGAAACAUACAGGGCGAUCAUUGAGGAGCGGGACCAGGAACGUGAGAGGCGAUGGAAGGCUGAGCAGGCUUUAAAGAAGCUGACUGAGCAGCUACAGAACCUGCAGACCCAGGCCAGUGAAGAGAAGAACCUCCAGAACUUGGCUCUUCACACCACGGAUCGGCUAAAGGAGCUGUUGCUGAAGGAGCGUGCAAACUGCGUGAAGCUCCAGCAGCGGGUGGAGGAGCUGGAAAGGAGCCUUCAUUCUGCUCAGGAUGAGUUAGUCCAGGCUCGCAGCCAGGAGCAGCAACAACAGAGUGUGCUGCACAGGCUGCAGGACACUGCCACCCAGAACGAGACCCUGUGGGCCCAGCAGCAGGCUGAGGAGACGAAGAGAAUCCAGGAACUGGAGAACCAGGUAGCUGCGCUCAGAAGAGAGAUAGAGAUCCUGAGAGCAUUAGCACAGCAACGCAAGGACAAGCUGCAUCAGCUCCAUGAAUUGCUGGCCUCCAGGGAGCAGUCCCACAGAAAAGAGCUGGAGUCAUGGAUACACCCCAAGGGCCCAGAGUUCCACGAGGCAGUGGCACAGGCAGCAGCCGUGUCGGAACAACACCACAGUCAGCAACUGGCUGACCUACAGGAGAAACUUACCGAAGCAAGGCAGCGCUACACAGACUUGGAGGAUGAGUUCCGCAUGGCGCUCACCAUUGAGGCUGCCCGUUUUGCUGAGGUGAAAGAGGGCUUCAACCUCCAGGCUGCAGAGCUGACAGACUGCAAAGCCGCUCUGGCCAUGUCUCGGCAGAAGGAGCAGCAGUCGGCUACACUUGUGCAGGAGCUCACUUCCAUGGUGAAGGAACAGAAGACCCGUAUUGCGGAACUCAUCAAGUCCAAACGAGAGGCUGUCACUGAUCUCAAGGCUCGAGUACGGACUCUGGAGGCAACGGUUGAGGACGAUAAGCACCGAAGGCUCCAGCUGGAGCUUCUUAAGCAGGAAAAGUUCAAACUUUUAUCUGAGCUGGCCACCCAGGAAUCUGUCAUCGAUGGGUUACGGGCUGAGCGCAAGAUAUGGGGCCAGGAGCUGGCCCAGCAAGGAGCUUCUCUAGCCCAGGAUAGAGGCCGUCUGGAGGCUCGGAUUGAAGUUCUGAGCACAGAGGUUCAGACUCUGAGAAAACAGAAUGAGAGUGACAACAAGACACUUAAAAUCAAAGCCAAGAUAGUGGAAGACAACACAGAGACCAUCCGCAAGCUGAAAGAGGGUCUACAGGAGCGGGAUGAACAGACUCGCCAUCUCAGAGAGGAGAGUGUACAAGCCCAGCGGAGGUUCCAGGCGCAGCUUGAAGAAGAGACUGUACACCUGGGUGAAUUGAGAGAGCAGGUGGAGCAGUUGAUUGCCAGGAAGGAGGAGCUCAAGCAGCAGCUGGAGGACAAGGAGGCUGAACUGGGGGAGGUGAAAAAGGAGCACAGUGUGAUGAAAAGGAAGUGGAAGGACAAGGCAGAGCUACUGACACAGCUAGAGUUCCAGGUAAAGCGCAUGAAGGAGAGCUUCGAUUCUAAGGAGAAGCUGCUUGCAGAUGAAAGGGAGAAAGCUGUGCAGGCACACAAGGCUGCCUUGGAGAAACUACGCUGUGUGGACAAUGCCUUUCAAAGGCAGAUGGAGGCGGUGCAGGCCUCCCAUCAAGCUGAACUCCUGCAGCUGGCCAGUGACAAGCAGAAGGAAAUAGAGCUUGCAAACCAUAGGGUGGUCCAAGUGGAGGAGGAGAUGAGGCAGCUCCUGGAGGAGACGAAGCACAAAAAACGGACUAUGGAAGAGAAGAUGAGAUGUCUGAGCAGCGUUCUGAAAGAAUUCUAACUACUCUACGAUUGUGUUUUCUCAAAAACAUUUUUUUUUUUAAUUCUCAUUGUCUGUGUAAUUGUGCUUCUGUAGUCAAACAGAUUUUUAUUUUUUAUAAACCAAUUAUAAACAUACUGUUUUUGGAGAAGUCUGUUUACUUUUAACAAAAGGUAUUUUGCAUUGUGCAUUUAUUUGACUUUAUUGCAUUGAUGCAGUUUAGUAUGCUGCUAGCACAAAGGUAUGGAGUGGGUUCAUAUAAAAUCCUAUUGAAUGUUAUUUCCAUAGUUUAUCUGUAUAAUUUUUUCAGAUAACUUAGUGUAGUUUGCUGCUAGAACACAAAAUAUGUCAAUCUCAA